CUGUCAGCAGUACAGUUCUUCAGCUUGACAGAGGAGACACUGCUGCUGAGUUUCAAGUGUUUCAAAGAGCCAUGGAGGGGAAAGAGCAGUCUACAGGAGGGCUUCAUUUUGUGGGGAAAAAGGAUGAAAUGAUUGAAGCGAAGCGCUCUUUCAGAACACUGGAGGGUCGGGAUAUACUGAUCAUCUACCAUCAGGGUGGCUUCUAUGCUAUGGAUUCUUACUGUUAUCAUGCUGGGGGAAUGCUGCAGAAUGGAGACAUUGAGGAAAUUGACGGCAAGCUGUGCAUAAUUUGUCCGAACCACAAGUACAAGCUCUCUCUUGCCAAAGGGGAGUGCAUAUACAAGGGCACUGACCCCAGGGAAAAGCCGCCUGUGCCCAGAUGGUACUCCAAGGGUGUGAAGCAGCGGACCCACAUGGUCACUGAGACCAACGGGGAAGUCUAUGUCAAGCUCUCUGAGGACACAAGCUGGAUCGAAUCAGACUACUACCAGGGAGAAAAGGGCAAGGUGGAAAGGGCCAAAGCUGAGGCUGCUGAGAAGAAAACAUCUUGAUAGUGACACAGAUGGAUGGAGAUGGCAUCCCUAUAGUCUCCUUUCGACUCCCCUGAUCUCCUCUAAAUGACUGCAUGAUGACUGUAUGAAGAGGAUGUCAGAUAUUUAAUGACAUGCACUUAGUGCUCCACUUCAACUAAUCAGUUUGGCUUGCAUGGCUUUAGAAUGGGUCUUCUUCUUUCGAGUUUGGGAGUGUUUAGAAUUUUAAAUAGCUUUACUUGUGGCUGGUUCGUUGUUUACAGACGUGAAAUGUCCUCCUCAAAAGUCAGGUCACAUAGUAUUUCCAUGUUAUGUAGAUUUUUCUUUCUCAAAACCAUCACAUAAAUAAACUUUUCUUGUGGGUGAAUUUUGAUUUCUGAUU